AUGUUGACUAAGCAUCAUUUCCGAAUAGAGAAGCACCUACAGAAGAUUAAUCUCUGCUGGGAUCGUGAAGCAGAAGAACCUCAGCUCUCAGACUGGUUUAAUCCUAAAAAACGUCCUGAUGUAAUAACAACAACUGACUGGCUUGCUCCAGUUAUAUGGGAAGGAACUUACAGUAGACAGGUCCUCGAAAAAUAUUACAAAAGGCUGAACAUUACCAUAGGCUUGGCUGUAUGUGCUACUGGAAAGCUUGUAGAUCAGUACCUGAAACAGUUCAUCCAAUCGGCUAACAAGCACUUUAUGAUUGGCUACAAUGUUAUCUUUUACAUCUUGAUGGAUGACAUCUCCAGGCUGCCUCACAUAGAGUUAGGUCCCCUUCGAACAUUUAAACUAUUUGGUGUAUUCAAAGAGGAGACGCGGCAAGACUUUGAUUUCAUACACAUGAAGAACUUAGAUAUAUACAUCAUAGACCAGAUCCAGCAUGAAGUCGACUUUCUCUUUAGUAUGACUGUAAACCAGAUAUUCAAGAAUGAUUUUGGAGUGGAAACCCUGGGCACAUCUGUAGCCCAAAUUCAUGCAUGGUGGUAUUUUAAAAAUGCUCACAAUUUCCCUUAUGAGAGAAGACCUACAUCAGCAGCUUUCAUCCCUCUUGGAGAGGGAGACUUCUACUACCAUAGUGCACUUUUUGGUGGCACACCUCGUAAGGUUUUAACCAUGAUUGAAGAAUAUAAAAAAGGAGUUACUAAUGACAACAAAAAUGGACUUAGCAGCAUAUAUGAACAUCACCUAAACAAAUAUUUUUUUAUCAAUAAACCCACUAAGUUGUUAUCACCAGAAUAUAAUUGGGAUCCAAAUUUUAGAACUCCUCCACAAAUUAAACUUGUUAAGAUAGCAUGGCAAUAA